AAACAAAACUGAUCUGAGUCUCUGUGUCGUCUGUCUGUGUGAGAGUGAACAACCGUCCAAAUGGCUCAGCAGGGAGUUCUGCUGGACCAGGACCAGUUCUGUUGUUCUGUCUGUCUGGAUCUACUGAAGGAGCCGGUCACUACUGCCUGUGGACACAAUUACUGUAGAAUCUGUAUUGAGGACUGCUGGGAUCAGGAUGUUCUGAAAGGGGUCUAUAGCUGUCCUCUGUGCAGAGAGACCUUCACUCCGAGGCCUAAUCUGAGGAAAAAUAACAUGUUGGCUGAGAUGGUGGACAAACUGAAGAAGACAGGACUCCAGGCUGCUCCCCCUCCUGCUCUGUGCUAUGCUGGACCUGGACAUGUGGUGUGUGAUUUCUGCACUGGGACCAGAAAGCAGAAAGCCCUCAUGUCCUGUCUGGCGUGUCUGGCCUCUUACUGUGAGACUCACCUCCGACCUCACUAUGAAUCUCCUGCUUUCAAGAAGCACAAGCUGGUCAAAGCCACCGCACAACUACAGGAGAAGAUCUGCUCUCAUCAUGACAAACUGCUGGAGGUUUACUGUCGUACCGAUCAGCAGUGUAUCUGUUAUCUGUGUACAAUGGAUGAAUAUAAAGGCCAUGAUACAGUGUCAGCUGCAGCAGAGAGGACUGAGAAACAGAGGCAGCUGAGGAUGAGUCAGCAGAAGGUCCAGCAGAAAAUCCAGGAGAGAGAGAAGGAGCUGAAGGAGCUCCAACAGGCUGUGGAGUCUUUCAAGCGCUCUGCACAGGCAGCAGUGGAGGACAGUGAUCAGAUCUUUACUGAGCUGAUCUGCUCCAUUGAGAGAAGGCGCUCUGAGGUGAAGGAGCUGAUCAGAGCCCAAGAGAAGGCUCAAGUUAAUCAAGCUGAAGGACUCCUGGAGCAACUGAAGCAGGAGAUAGCUGAGCUGAGGAAGAGAAGCACUGAGCUGGAGCAGCUCUCACACACAAAGGAUCACAUCACUUUCCUCCAGAGUUAUCAGUCUCUCUCCAGUAUCAGUGUAUUUUCAGACUUUCCCAGCAUCAUUGUCCGUCCUCUUCAGUACUUUGGAGAUGUGAGUAAGACUGUGUCUGAACUGAGAGAGAAACUAGAAGACUUCCUUAAAGGAGAAUGGACCAAGAUCUCCACUACAGUGAAUAUAGUGGAGGUUGUACUGCCUCCAGAGCCCAAGACCAGAGAACAGUUGUUACAAUAUUCCUGUCAGCUCACACUGGACCCAAACACAGCACACACACACCUCUCUCUGUCUGAAGGGAACAGAAAGGUGACCUAUUCAUGCAAAGUCCAACCAUAUCCUGAUCAUCCAGACAGAUUCACCAACAACAACCAGGUUCUGUGUAGAGAGGGUCUGUCUGGAUGCUGUUACUGGGAGGUGGAGUGGAGUGGAAGGGGUGUUAUUACAGCAGUCUCAUAUAAAGACGUCAGCAGAAUAGGGAAAGGUGGUGUAUUUGGAGACAAUAACAAGUCCUGGAGUUUACAGUGCUAUAGUGGUAGUUAUUAUUUCAGACACAAUAAUGUUGAGACUAAAGUAUCAGGCCCUCAGUCCUCCAGAGUAGGAGUGUACCUGGAUCACAAGGCAGGUACUCUGUCCUUCUACAGUGUCUCUGACACAAUGACACUUCUCCACAGAGUCCAGACCACAUUCACUCAGUCCCUCUAUCCUGGGUUUUAUGUCUAUGGUACUGCUGAGCUGGUUAAACUGUAGUAAGGUCCACAUACAUACUAGUCAUGCUGGUGUAGUCUAUAGCUGAGCUGGUUAAACUGUAGUAGGGUCCACAUAGAUACUAGUCAUGCUGGCGUCGUCUAUAGCUGAGCUGGUUAAACUGUAGUAGGGUCCACAUAGGUACUAGUCAUGCUGGUGUAGUCUAUAGCUGAGCUGGUUAAACUGUAGUAGGGUCCACAUAGAUACUAGUCAUGCUGGUGUAGUCUAUAGCUGAGCUGGUUAAACUGUAGUAGGGCCCACAUAGAUACUAGUCAUGCUGGUGUAGUCUAUAGCUGAGCUGGUUAAACUGUAGUAGUGUCCACAUAGAUACUAGUCAUGCUGGUGGUGAUGGUCCCCAGAUAUUAUGGUCUGUUUUUCUGUACAAUAAUUUGUCUGACUCUAUAGUUGAAUUAAAAUGUAAUAUACUUAUUUUUAUCAAAUACAAUGUUUUAAUCUUGUGCAUUUCCAUGAAUCAUGAUGUGUGGUGUUGAUGUACACUGCUCAAAA